AAACGCUGCUUCUUCUUUUUUUUUUAAGACUUUCCUAUUGGUCCUGAAUGCAGCAUAUUCGCGCAUGUCUGUUCGUUCGACAACAAACAAAAGUACAUGAGCUGUUCACUGCGCUUUAGUUAAAUAAGAGUCGCAUUCAGGUGUGACUAUGGGGAAGUCAUUCUCCCAUCUUACCAAGCUGACAUAUCGUGAUGACUAUCAGGAUAGUCUGACCUCUUCUCAGGAAGACAGCCAGACGGAAGAUGGGAAGGGCGGUGACGUCUCCCAGUUUCCAUAUGUGGAGUUCACAGGGCGGGACAGUGUGACAUGUCCCACGUGCCAGGGCACCGGCAGGAUCCCCAGAGGCCAGGAAAAUCAACUGGUGGCAUUAAUUCCAUAUAGUGACCAGAGGCUCCGGCCCAGACGAACGAAGUUAUAUGUCACAGCCUCAGUCCUGGUCUGUUUGCUACUGUCCAGCCUGGCUGUCUUCUUCCUCUUUCCUCGCACCAUCGAUGUGUCCUACGUGGGGGUGAAGUCAGUAUUUGUGAGCUACGACCAAGACAAGCGAAGUGUGUAUCUGAACAUCACGAAUACUCUGAACAUCACCAACAAUAACUACUACUCAGUGGAGGUGGCCAAUAUCACAGCCCAGGUGCAGUUUGCCAAGACGGUGAUUGGUAAAUCUCGCAUCAGUAACAUCACUGCCAUCAGUCCUCUGGACAUGAAGCAGAUUGAUUAUAUGGUUCCCACCAUCAUAGCAGAUGAGAUGAGCUACAUGUAUGACUACUGCACUCUACAGACCAUCAAGGUGCACAACAUUGUUGUCAUGAUGCAAGUGACUGUUACCACAACAUACUUUGGGCAUGCCGAGCAGGUAUCUCAGGAGAUGUACCAGUAUGUAGACUGUGGAGGGAACACCACCUCUCUUCGAGGCCUGACCAAGCCAUCAAAUAUCCUUCAUCCUCCAGAGUAACCACUCCACCCUCCUCCUUCUCAUUGGCCCCUACAUGGGCCCUGGAAACUAGCCUUAGAUGGUUCACUGUGUUUCCCCCAUCCUCUUCCACCUUAAGUAUCUAACAAAUUAGUGUUGUCAUGAUACCAGAAUAAAUCGAUGCUAUGACAAACAGCAAAUUCAUCAAGUUGUGCUAUCCAGCAACCACUGGGCUAUGACUUCUCCAGCUUUUUCACAGGAGUUUAGGUGGUGGUUUGAUGUUCAUAUUUGUCAGUUUUGCAAGUAAAAUAGUUCCAUUUUUAUUUGGCAACGUGUUCAGGUGGACUAGAAUAUGGUUAGAGACCUGGUAGACUGCUGGAUGCUGUCGUCAUGGUUUCAGCUGUUUGACUGAACCAGCUGCAUCGCUCUCUCUUCCAGUCUGCCUCCUUCUUUUAUUUCUUUUAACUCUUAUAAUCUGUUUGUUCAUGCCCUCUUGUGACGCUGAAAUGGAACCUCAGUUUGCAGAACACAUUUAGUGAACAUAUCUGUUUGUAUAAUUCAAAACAGACUUAAACUUUUCCCAAUAGAAUAACAGUAGUAUCGCAGUUUUUGGUUUUUGUAACAACACUGUAGAAAACAGACUCCACUCUCAUGCAUUUCUUUGUGUUAAUGAAGCCUGGCAUCAGAUGUCAGUGCCAGUUGUGUGGUGAGUCAUGCUACAGAAAAAAAGAGAGGAUGAAAGAAGGGGGCUUUCAGUAGAAUGUUACAGAUGCAAAUUUGAAAACUUGAUACAAGUAUUUUAGUAACUACCUAACCAUAAUGCACUUUAUGAAUCAUUUUAAAAUGCACAUUUCUUGGAGAAACAAUCUCAGUGUUACUACGCCACACCAGGGACUUCAGCUCACUUAGCUAAAGCCUAUCCACUGCAUCAUCAGGGAGCAAAUUCAAGUAGUUUUAAGCACAAACUUCAGUAAGUGGUGACAGGAUAUUAUAGAGUGUUUAGAUACUAAUGUAUCUGAACCUUGAAUAACCUUAAAUUGUUUGUGGUCUUCAUGGGAACACUGGUUCAUACUUUGCACAGUCUGCUUAGUUACCUUGCACUGGGUUAUUUGGUGCUCACUAUUAGAAUUUUUAUGCUGCUUUUGAGACUUGAAAAGCAUUUUUCACUGCAAUGAAAUUACUUCCUAUGGUAAUAGAAAACCUAAGUCUGACAGACUUUUGUUGGUAAGUUAGCAUGUCUGCCUCUAUGUGUGUAGUCUGAACAUGGAAAAUGCAACCUCAAUGGGAUUUGUUAAAACAGAGUUUGUGCUAAUCAGCGUGAAUAGCUAUUCUUGGUUUGCCCCCUGAAAUAAAAUACAUAAAUAUCACCUUUGUGAAUUUUUCUCUUCUGUAGAUUGUUGCCAGUAAAAUGUUACUUGUUUGGGGAAGAGGACUACAGUGGUCAGCCAUAGCUAUCUGGCAGCUUGUCAUGAUAAGAAAAUCGAGAUUACCUUAAAAUGUGAGACACAGUUAUAACAAUGGUUCAGUGCACUGAAAAUCUUACAACACAGUCAGGAGAUUGAGCUCAGGCAAAAAAAAAAAAAAAAAAAAGGAAAGUUGCUCUUGUUGACCCACAGUGAUUAAUAUUUUGAUUCAUAUUUUGUCAGCAAAAUCAACUUAAAAAGUAACUUAAAGAGUGAGUCAACACAAGCAGAAAAUGUCUGCUGCACUGCCCUCCAGGGGUUGAAACUUUGAGGCAUGCUGCACUCCUGGCCACAUCCACUCAGUGCUUCUUGUAGCUGCAGUCAGUGGCACACCACUGACCACAAGUGCAACGUGCUUGAAAGUUUCAGCCCCUAGAGGGCAGUGCAGCAGACGUUUUCUGCAUAAUGUGAUGAAGUGCUGAGUUACGCAAAAUGUUGUCUAUGUCAUAGACACCUGUUGAAAUCAGCCCUUAUUUCUGGCAUUUUUCUAAACUCCUAUUGACAUUUUCCAUAGCUGUUGUGAACUACACACCAAAUGGCAGAGAUGCUAAUCUACUGCACACAAAAUCAUGCCAAUGAACAUCAGUCAACAACUUCCCCUUCAGUUCUCUGUGGAGAAAUUUAUGCUGCAUUCCACUUAAAGUCAGAAGUUGGAAAUUGCCAGCCAACAGGUCACACCUCUAACCUGUGUAUGUUUUAGUGGUCAAGCUGUCAAGCGUUCUCAUUUUUCCAUCUUACCAAUAUCUAAUGCUUAUUUGACCAUGUGUUACAUUCCACAUUAUUUAUUUUUUUAAAUUAUCUUUCUUUUCCCCCAAACUUUUACUGAAAUCAUGCAAGCAUAUCAAACUUUCAUUGAGAAUUUGGCAAGCAACUUUGAUGAGAACUUGGAUGCCAUUUUAUAUUUUGGUAUCAUUUCUACCUACACCAAGCUUUUGAAGAUUUAAAAACACUAUACCUAUAUCUAUUUUUCAUCUUGUAAAUACUUUGAAAUUGUGUCUGUAAUAUCUUAUACUUAACAGUAAAUGAGACAUUUGCCCUACAGGGAGAUAGACCACAAUUAUUAAUAUUUAAUUAGUUUUUUUUUUUUUUUUUUUUCCAAAACACUAGUCGUAGUAGUUCUUACAUUACUAAAGAUUGAUAGAAUAUCACUUUCACUUUUUUUUUUUUUUUUUCUUUUUUCUUUCUUCAUUUUUUGUCCCCAAAUCUUUUGGUGUUGGGUUACAGUUCCCUACUAAUCAUAUUUAACAAUUGGAAAAAAGCUGUUUUAGACUCACUACUUCUGUCAUUUCAAAUUUUUUGUUUGUUGUCACAAUUAAGAGUGAUUAAAUCAUCAUUUGUUGUGGGUGUAAUAUCUCUGAAAGCAUGAAUAAAGUUUUUAAACCAUGA